AUGCCGGCUAGAGCUACUGCAUUCCAGCAAAGGUCGUCGGAUAGCGGAGAAGGAUUGACAAAGCCAUUGACGGACAUACUAGCUAGAGUAAAGGACCUAGAAGAGAAAGUUGCAAAACAAGAUCGUUCAUCAUCCAUGCUCAAGGAAAUUCUGGCCAAGGUCCAGAAGCUCGAAGAGAAACAGUCAAACUCGAAAGGACCUCUGGCGAGGGGCGACCAGAAGGUCCACCAGCCGAGAUAGUAAGCCCCAAUAUCAUCAACCUUUUAGGCGACAUUAACGUAAGUAUGGCCUAUGUAGAUAAUGUACCGUGUCUUUCUUUAGUUGAUACCGGGUCGCAAGUGUCAACUGUCAGUGAAAUGUUUCUGUCAGAAUACUUAGGUAACUGCGAACUGAAACCGUUGAGUCAUGUUGAUCUGCAGAUCCAGGGCGCGGGGGGUCAGGAUGUACCUUUUUUAGGCUACAUCGAAGCAGAAAUCUCCUUUCCAGAGCAGACAAGUGGCGUAGAGUGUUCUCUGAUGGCAACAAUUUUGGUAGUACCGGAUACAGGUUUCAAUAAGCAAGUCCRGCUGGUGAUAGGCACGAACGUCAUCCGACGUUGCAGUGAGAUAUGUACCAAGUCGUAUGGUAAAACAUUCCUGCAGGUGGUCAAACCGGACUUGGCGUGGAGGAUGGGAUAUCAGUUCCUCAUUCAGCAAAGAAAGCAGGUCAGUAAAUUGCUAAGCAACCGUAGGGUAAAAACAAGUGUAAAYGAGCAUUGCAUAGUCCACCCUAAUGAAACCUCGGUGAUCUGGGCAACAAUAAAAACAGGUAACAAAGGUAUAACAGUACCAGCCCUAGUAGAGAGYGAGAAUUCUGAUUUCCCCGAGUCCUUGCAGAUCAUACCUGCGUUGGUAAGUAUUGAAAUGACUGGUGACGAAAUUCCCGUUCCUGUUAGGGUACACAACUCUUCAAAGGAUGACAUUGAGAUCGUUCCAGGGACGGUAGUCUGCGCGCUUCAAGUGGUCYAAGUCUGUGACACUCUGGAAAAUGAAAAAGUAGAUUACACUGAAGAGUCUCAAGAACAAUGUYUUUAUAUGGAUUUCGGAACCUCUUCUUUGGAUCCAGARCAGAAGGUAAGGGCUGAGCAGUUUCUUCAUAAAUGGAAUGAAAGAGUGUUUUCUCAGGGGCCAAACGAUUUAGGCCGUUGCACAGCUGUCAAGCAUGAGAUUCCUCUCUCGGAUAACACGCCAUUUAAGCAGAGACACAGACGCAUACCUCCCUCGCAGUAUGAAGAGGUAUGGGAGCAUCUCAACGACAUGCUAGAGUCUGGGGUCAUAAGAGAGUCUCAUAGCCCUUUCUCCUCGCCAGUAGUUCUCGUAAGGAAGAGAGACGGCAGUUUAAGAUUUUGCAUCGACUUCCGCAAGCUGAAUGCGCGCACGGUGAAAGACGCGUAUGCAUUACCACGAAUCGACGAGGCACUAGAAGCGAUGGCGGGUUCUUGUUGGUUUACUACUUUAGACCUSAAAAGCGGUUACUGGCAGUUAGAGAUAACAGAGGAAGAUAAGAAAAAGACAGCCUUCACCGUAGGUCCAUUGGGGUUCUAUGAAUGCAACCGUAUGGCCUUUGGUUUGACCAACGCUCCAGCGACAUUUCAGAGGCUGAUGGAACACUGCAUGGGUGAACUGAACUUUAGUAAAUGCAUCGUAUACAUUGACGAUAUCAUUGUGUAUUCAACGACCUUUGAGGAGCACUUGGAACGCCUAGAAGACGUUUUUACAAGACUGGAGGAAUACGGUUUGAAGCUAAAACUAUCUAAAUGCUCGUUCUUCCAAGACAAGGUAAGGUACUUGGGUCAUAUAAUCUCUUCUCAGGGAAUUGAAACGGAUCCAGACAAAGUGUCAGCCAUCAAAACCUGGCCGGUCCCCACUAACAUAGACGAGCUUCGUACGUUUCUUGGAUUUUCGGGGUACUACCGGAAGUUUGUAAACAACUACGCUAAGCUGGUAAAGCCGUUAAAUGACCUGGUAACCAUUGCCAUAAAUUCGGGAAACAAAGAAUGGGCCUGGACGGAAGGAUGCCAGGAUGCAUUUGAACGUGUGGUGGAAGUACUCUCGUAUGCACAGGCAAUUCCAACUGCUAACCAGACAGCUAGAACUACAGCUAAAGCACUGUUCGACCGAUUUAUCGUCCAUUAUGGUUUCCCUGAAAGGUUACAUAGUGACCAAGGCAGAAAUUUUGAAUCCAACGUUAUCAAGCAUUUGUGUGAAUUGGCUGGCGUGGCGAAAUCAAGGACUACUCCAUACCACCCUAUGGGAAAUGGUAUGUGCGAAAGAUUUAACAGAACCCUUCUGCACAUGCUGGGGACGCUGGACGAUAGUCAGAAAGCCAAUUGGAAGGAAUACAUCGCACCCAUAGUGCACGCGUAUAACACGACGAAACACAGUAGCACYGGURUUUCGCCUUUUUAUCUAAUGUUUGGUCGCCACCCCAGGUUAGCCGUUGACCUWUACUUCGGGCACAAUCCUAAUGGGCGAUGUGGAAGUAAGCAAUCAAAGUUUGUCAAGGAUCUCAGUAGCCGAUUGGAGUUCGCUUAUGACCUGGCAAAAAGGAACUCCGGGGCAGCACAAUUACGACAAAAGAAAAACUACGAUCGCAAGCCGUCCACCAACAAAAUAGAGAUUGGCGACAGGGUCCUGGUGAAGAACUUCACUCCUUYCGGUAAACUGGAUAAUUACUGGGAGAGUGAUGUAUAUAUUGUCAGGGCGAAACCGAAUGCAGAGGUUCCAGUCUAUGAGGUGCAAAGAGAGGGGGGUGUAGGACGAAGUAAGACUCUUCACCGGAACCACCUAAAGCCAUGCCCAUUUGUGGCGAACCGCCCUGACCGGGACGAUCAGGUUUCCCAGGGUCACCAAAGCAGGGGCGGCGAAAGCCAUACCGAAGACCAAGCCCUACUGGACCAGGUAUCACCCAAGCCGCUUAGACGCUCAACCCGAGCUCGCAGAAAACCAAGGUGGUUAGCCCAACAAGAAUAA